UGAUGUAGCACCUGCUCGCCACCUCCCGCCGGACGCCUGCCCCUGCCCCUGCUCCGCUCGCCGCUCGUCGCUCUGCUUGCCGCGCCUGCUCGCCUCCCCUGGCCAUGCUCCGCUCGCCUCCUGCUCGCCGUCUCCCGGACGCCGCCUCCCGCCAGCUGCUCGCUGCCUCCCGACGGCAGUGCCACGCCUCCUGCCGAGCGCCCCUGGUGAGGAAAAAGAUUUGGGAGAAGUCAGGGGGGUCACGCGAGCGGACUGGACGGCCUCGUCCGACCGAUUUGCCCGGAGCAGCUCGUCCGGCAUCAACAGCGAAUAUUCCUCCUAUGGCCGCCAUAUCCCACUUCUGCCCACGAACCAAACAGCCCCAAAUUUCGGGCGGCCAGACCCCAUCCACCCAAAGUCACCCAUCCAAACGCAUCCUAAGAUUGCAUCGCUUCAAUGUCUUGGUCUGAUUAGUGGUGUCGUUGGUUUGGAAAGGUUUAAUUUGGGAAGGACAUGUGGUUGAAAUGCAUGGCCAAAAAUGGGCAGCAACAGUUGCAUCAAGUUGCCAGAUCGAGCAGUGCAUGAUAAAUCAAGCAAGAACUGAACCAAAUGUUCUUGGAGCUUCUCACCAACACCAUGGCUGCUCACAAGCCGCUGCGCCACGCCGCCACCUGCCUCCUCUUCCUCCUCCUCCUCCUGCUGCUGCUCUCUUGCUCGGCCUCGGCGUCAUCGGUGAUCACCCACCUCCCGGGCUUCAGCGGCCGCUUGCCCUUCCACCUUGAGACCGGGUAUGUUGGUGUGGCUGAGGAGGCUGGCACUGAGCUCUUCUACUACUUCGUUGAAUCCGAGAGGAGCCCCAGCACAGACCCUGUGAUCCUCUGGCUGACAGGUGGGCCCCGCUGCUCCGGCUUCUGCGGCCUCGUCUUUGAAGUAGGUCCUAUGAAUUUUGUGUUGGCGCCUUAUAAUGGUAGUCUGCCACAAUUGGUUACUAACCAAUAUUCAUGGACAAAGGUGAUAUCCAGCACCCUCUUCUUGGAUACUCCUGUUGGUUCUGGUUUCUCCUAUGCACGUGAUCCCAACGGCUAUAAUGUUGGGGAUAUAUCAUCUUCUUUGCAAGUCGUCACAUUUCUGAAGAAGUGGUUCAAUGAUCACCCACGCUAUCUCUCAAAUCAUUUCUAUGUUGGGGGAAGCUCAUAUGCUGGAAAGGUGAUUCCAAUUAUUGCACAAUACAUUUCAGAAGGAAUUGAAGAAAGGAAGCAACCGAUAAUAAAUCUCAAGGGUUAUAUGGUUGGCAACCCCAUUACAGAUUUGAAGGUUGAUUCUAGUUACAGAGUUCCAUAUGCUCAUGGCGUUGGAAUCAUAUCUGAUCAGCUAUAUGAGGCUGCGGUAGCGAACUGUAAUGGAGAUUAUGUCAACCCAACAAAUGAAAUGUGUUCUAAUGUCCUAAAUGCUAUUGAUAACCUCUUAUCUGAAGUUGAUGAUGGAAACAUCUUGGAUGAUAAAUGUGCCGGUCGUUUAACACCCAAACCAACAGAUGGUGUUUCAGGAAGUAGAACUCUACUAGGAGAACACAGUAGGCUAAGUGAGUUACCUGCUCAACCCAGUAUCAAUUGUUAUUCAUACUGUUUCUACCUAUCAGACAUAUGGAUGAAUGACAAGACGACCAGAGAUGCUCUGAAAAUUAGGAUGGGAACAAUUGGUGUAUGGGUAAGAUGCAAUGAGGACGUAUUCCCUUAUGCUAAGGACGUCCCAAGUAGCAUAGAGUACCACUUUAACCUCACCACGAGAGGUUACCGGGCGCUUGUGUUCAGCGGUGACCAUGAUCUCACAGUGCCAUUUCUGAGCACUCAGGAGUUGAUAAGAUCCUUGAACUUCACCAUUGUUGAUGACUGGAGAGCAUGGCAUCUGGGUGGCCAGGCUGCAGGAUUUACAAUUAUGUACGACAACAACUUGACUUUUGCCACAUUAAAGGGUGGUGGUCAUGUUGCUAUUGGAUACAGGCCUGAACAAGGUUUUGCCAUGGGCCAACGGUGGCUGGAUAAUAAGCCUCUCUAAUUGUUGCCUGCUUUUCUGUCUGAAGACAAGUGGAAACCUGGUGUGUUGCCAGGGUCACAGAAAUGCAUCUGAAAGAAAACUUGAACAUCUGAGAGUAUAUGUGCAAUAAUAGGCAGUGUGUGGAGUAUUCAAUUUGAUAUGUCAUUUAUUCAUCAAAGAUAUUACACUAUGGAAAAUUAAACAUAUCAAUAGUGGGUGAAACAGACUCUGUCACACGAACCAGCAAAAAGUGAACUCGCAAAACAUGAUUUCUCUUAGUAAAAUAACUCUGUAUCUGUUUGAGAGGAAAAAAUCAUUAUUAG